AUGGGUGUAGCCUUAGCCUACAAUAUAGACUAUAUAUGAUUUAUUAUAUGAUUUGUACUGGUGAUACUAAUCAUGACAUUUAUGUUUGAACAAUAGACCAGCCUAUUUAUAAAGGGGACUAUGAAAGUUCUCAUGCUAUGCUGCCUGGAAUCUACACCCUCAGCCAACUACCCCAAAUGGUUUUGUUGUGACGGAGUGCUGGUCUGGCAUGUUGUGGAUUCAAAGAUACUGUAACUGUAUGAUGUAACCCGCUAACCAUACAGGCCAGUAUGAUGUAACCCACUAACCAUACCCAUGACCUACUGGUCUAAAACGGUCACUCUGAUGCCAUUUCCAGGAGACAGUCACUCAGGAAGCAACACAAACCCCCCUACGCCCUAAAAAGGACUUCCUGCUGAGUGUGAUGGUCUGAAGCAGGUGUGACUCCCUCAGCGGUGCAAUAGUAAUAGAAGACACUGAGAGGCUCUAACCUGAACCAUCAGAGACAUAAAAAGCUUUACCAAAAGCUGCGUAAUGACUUGGGCAUCUUACUACAAUGGAGGGAGGGGUCUUGCUGCCUCCUCGGUGUACAUAAGUCAUUCUGAUUUGCACCCUGCCUUUAUAAGAGGGGAUUCAUCACAGCCAGAGCUCAGAAACAGACAGAGCUUACAGAGCAGAGCACAAAGUAACUGCAGGCAGGGCAGAGCAUUGCUGCACAGAACUGAGGCAGUAACAAUAACACAAGUCAGCCUUCUUCUCCAGACAACAGGACCUGUGUUUGGGUUGAGCAUGGGACUGCAUGGGUCUAAGCACCCUCAGCAGGCUCAGAUUGUGAUGCUGGGCCUGGACGGCUCGGGGAAGUCCACCCUGCUCUACAAGCUCAAGUACAACGAGUCUGUCGUCACCGUGCCCACCGUGGGCUUCAACGUGGAGAUGCUGGAGACGGAGGCGAGGGGUCCGGGGUUGACCGUGUGGGACGUGGGAGGCCAGCAGAGGAUGAGGCCCCACUGGAAGCACCACUACCCGGGCACGGAGGCCCUGGUGUUUGUGGUGGACAGCUGGGACCGCAGGCGUCUGGAGGAGGCAAAGAAAGAGCUCCAUCUGGUCAUUAUUAUUUAUUCAUAAUCCAACUUUUUAUACAAUUCUGGUUUGUCCAGCCAUGUUCUGGGAGGACUGGUGUGGGCCUGGAGGAAGGCUUCAGAAGGGUUGCCUAUCUGUUGAAGA